AUGGAAACGCCACACGAAGAUCCGUUCAUGUUCCAGCCUCGAGGAGGUGGUGGUGGUCUACCUCCCGGCAUGCAGAUGCAACAACCCAUGCAACCACCCCAGAUGCAGCAGCAACAACAACCUCCGGCGAUAACAGAAAUAGCGAAAGAUCGAUUAACAACGUACGUAUACGAAUUUCUGCUACAAACGGGCGCCACGAAAACAGCGGAAGCGUUCAAAGAGGAGGUGUUAAAUCAGAAUCCAGCGCUGCAAACGCCCGUAAAACCGUCAGAAAAAACAUUCCUCCUCGAUUGGUGGGGCCUUUUUUGGGAUCUCUGGUCAGCGGCGCCCGAACGGAGGGAACUCGGAGAGCAGCCUCCAAUGUUUUCAACAGAAGCGAAAUAUUUCCAUGACAGCAUGAUUGGAAUGCCCCCAGGAAUGAAUGGACAUUUCGGUCCUCCUAUGGGUAUGGAAAUGAUGGGUGGUCAUCCUGGUGCGUAUGGUGGACGGUUUCCACCCGGAAGAAUGGCACCAACUGGAAUGCCACCGGGCGCUUUUCCUCCUAUGUUUAAUCCUGGAAUGCCAAGAAUGCCGAAUCCUGGAAUGCGAAUGGCACCACCUGGACCGCCGUUUUCUGGUGGAAUGGGAAGGCCUGGAGGAAUGGGUGAGAUGCCUGGAAUGCCACGAUAUGAUUUCAUGGGUCCAGGAGGUGUACAACAGUUUGCUGGUCCCAGUGGUAGUGGAAUGUUACCCAAUGGAGGCAUGCCUCCUCAUAUGUCACUUAACUCUCCGAACAUGGGUCCACCACCAGGAGGCGAUCCAAACAUGCCUGGAACGUUUAUGGGAAUGCCACCAAUGCCCCCAACGAGUAGCUCAGCAAUGCCUUUCGGUAUGACGGAACAACCGAUGUCAGCCGGUCCAACAGGAGGAGCUCCAGGUCCAGGAACACCCGGAAUGGGAGGAUCCGUACCAGGUGGCGGUCCAGGAAGUGUACCACCGCAAGCAACAACAUCGGCAGGAUCAGUAGGAACGCCUUCGUCGAUGGGCCACCCGCAAAUGCAAACGCCGAAACAAGAGAAUAUGAGCAAUGGAGAAGAAAUGAAGACAGAAGCGAUGACACCCACAGGAGCCUCUUGUGGUAGUGUUGGAGCCCCAGUCUCUUCUGCAGUAGCAUCCGUAUCCAUGAAUGGAGGAGGACCGGGAUCAGCGCCAGGAUCUGCGCACAGUGUGAACAACAACGUGAAUCCAAGUACGCCGAGUGGUGGUCCGAUGAGUAAUCCAUUGAGCAAUCCAAUGAGCAAUCCAGCAUCUGGACAGAAUCCCGGUAGUGCGGAUGCAUUCAAGGAUGACAGUGAAGGCAUUUCAAAAAUAAGAGAAGGUCUCUUGGACGGAUUCAAAACAGAAGUGACCGGAGCCGGCUGGGAUUGA